AUGCUAUAACUUAAAAUUAUAAUUCAGAAUAGGGCAGAAGAGUAUUCUCUUGCCUACCAAUUGAAGUUGAAAGAUACUAUAGUCAGACCCAUUCUUGAAAAACUUACCAUGCAUGGAAUACUUAAGAAAAAAGAGGACUAUAGGAAGCUAACUUUUUUUGAAAAAUAUGCUGAAAAACUUGGCAUGGACUAUAAUAAAGCCAUGUCUUUGUCUAAUAAUGCUAAAGUUCAGAUAUAUUGUUUUCACAAGGACCUAAUGUUCAUUAUUAAAGCUAGAAUUCACUAGCUUAAGAUAAAGGCUGAUGAAAGAAUGAGAAGUUCAAGAUAAACAGGUUAAUCUUACCGUUGUAACAAUACCCCUUGUUUUCAAUCAAGGCCAGGAAAUGAAGUGAGAGAGCUUGAAGCUAGAAGUUAUGACUUCAAAUGUAGAAUGUGCUAGAAUCCACUGAUAAGAGUCAUUUAAGAGAAUGAAUUAAAUGAAGAGGAGAGUAAAGAAUGCCAGCUAUUGAUAAAUGAUUUGGAAGAUGAAUUUAAGUAAUUUUAAUAAUACAAGGUCCCACCACAUUUCUUUGGUUUUGGAAUUUAACAAAUUGAUUAUGUCAAUAUGAAUGGAAGUGGAUUUACAGAGAGCAUAGAUGAUGUCGAAUUUAAGAUUAAUGUAAAAUAACAAGAUGAUGUCAAACAAAAGUAUUAUAGAGAAGCAUUGCAGCAGCUUGUGUUGGAAUAGCCCAGACUUGUUAAUUUCUACAAGGAAUACUGCACUAGAAUUAUUGAAGAACCUUAAUAGCCAAUUGCUGGUAAAAAACCAAAUAAAAGAAGAAAAUUAUAAUGA